GGAAUUGGUACUGCUGGGUUCCAGUUAAUGUGGUAUAUUACAGCUGUUGUCAGUUUUGGGAAAAUGGGUGCCUAAUCCUUUGCCAACUGUACUUUAGGAUCAAAUGAGUGACUACCUGAGUUUCUGCAGCAAUUAUCAUCCAUCUAGCCAAUCUAGGAAAAUUUCAAUAGGAGUUAUGGUAGACUUGUGUGCCAAGAGAAAACCUGGAGCAGCAAAGACAGAUGAUAGUGAAUUGGCAAUUAAAGAGAGAAUACAUUUUUGCACAGGAAAUUCAGCAGAGGAGAAAGACAAAGGGGAUGCUGUCACAGCGACAAAAGAGAAGCAAACAGAAGCCGCUGAGGGGGGCAGUUCCCCAUGGAUGACUACUAGAUCCUUUUACCAAAAUCCACUUGCUUCAGAGACUGCCUUUUCUCAAAGACGAAAUUCACUUUUGGAGAUACUGGGAACUGUCUCUUUCCCAAAGGGUCUGCAUCCUAAUAUACAGGUUCCUGAGGUUGGUCCCAGUAACUUAAAACCAGAUGGAACUGUGGAUCAAAUAGGAGAUACAACUGUAAAGCUCAGACAAAUUUCAGAUACUAUAGAAAUGGAUACAGAAAGUCCUGACAAUACUAUCAAGAGACCUGAAACUCGAUCUUUGACCCGAAAGAAAGCUCCAUCCAAAGUACAACCAAACGAAACAGCAUCAACCCGAACGCAAGCUCCAAAAAGGGUGCAAUCCCACAAAUCUAGAUCUGGUUCGUCCUCUAAGCAGAAACUUCAAGAAAGCUUCUUUUGUUUUGGAGGUCAAUCUGCAAAGCUAGAUGGUGAGGUCAAGAGGGGCUCAUUUAUUCCUGGGAGAAAGAAAAUUCAGAAGAUCCCUGGCAUUGUACCAUGUAAAAUCAACUUUUCGACAAAGGACAAUGAAGAUGACAUCCAGGAAACAAGUCAUAGAAAGAGAACUCCAGAGCCUCUUGAGAAAACUUCAUUGUUUGGUAAUAAAAUCAAAAGCUUUCAUGGUUGCUUUGCUCAGAGUAGGAGGAAUCACUUGGAUAAGGAUGAUGCAGAGAAGCUUGCAGAUUCUUUACCCAGGAACUGGAUGCCUACUACUGAGAAAAAUGAUGGAGAAGAUGUGCUGUCUGAUGCGGUAUCUGAGGAGAAAGACUCUGAGUCUGAGAGCUCUGAAGGAGGUUCACCCGUUAUUAAAAGAUUUGACAAACAAUAAGUUACACCAUCCUGGACACCUUGGUUAAAUUGUGCGCUCUUUUCGUUUGCAUGAUUAUAUAACAUUCUGUCUGAUGUCCACUACUCACGGGUUUGUCACCAAUCUUCUCUGGGUUUCAGAUGUAAGAACAAAUUUUGGUGGCAUCUAAAUUUGAUCUCCUUCAUUGCUAUUCUUUUUAUGGGAUCACCCUUACUGUUGUUGGAUUCCUUUUCAUUGCUUUACCUUUUUAAUAUAUAUAUAUAUAUAUAUAUAUUUCUCUGGUAGAUAAUUAAUGGAAAGAACCAAAUAAAGAACUGAAUUCACC